AUGAAUGCGCCUUUCUACGUUAUUUUGACCUUCGCUCACUUGAUUCGGGCAGAGCACCACGUCUCCCUGGACGGCCGGCGUGCGGAGGAGGGAGCCGGUUCGGGACGCAGGACUUGCAGACUGUACUGUAGGGUCGGCAUCGGCUUCCAUCUGCAGAUUCACCCCGACGGCAGAGUCAACGGCAGCCAUGAGCCCAACCAGCUGAGCGUCCUGGAGCUCUUCGCUGUGUCUCAGGGGGUCAUAGGCAUCAAAGGGGUCUACAGUAACAGAUUCCUGGCCAUGAAUAACAGAGGGCGACUUCAUGCUACCGAAUGGUUUACAGACGACUGUAAGUUCAGGGAGCGUUUCCAAGAGAACAGCUACAACACGUAUGCCUCAGUGAUCCACAGGAACCACAGGAGCAGUCGUGAGUGGUUUGUGGCCCUAAACAAGAGGGGGAAGGCUAAAAUGGGCUCCAGCCCACGGGUCAAAUCCCAACACGUCUCCACCCACUUUUUGCCCAGGGUCGGCCUGCAUGACAAGAGCGAGCGUGGCUUCACCAUUACGGACAGGAGCAAAGAGAGGCGGAAAUCUCCGCCACCACUACCCCCAAAACCUCCUGUGUCAAAGGUCAACAACAUGCAUGCAGGCCCAACGUCCAGGCAACCUCAAGUCAAGUACUGGCCAAAGUACCGAUUUGGGUAG